GCUAUCUCCCGACCCUGUAUGAUUUCCAUUUUGAUGGAACACAGCAGAAGUGGGUUACCUGGAGUUCUCUGGUCCCAAAAUACAUUUACAACCCUGAGAUGAAGUUUGCUGAUAUUCUGGUACCAACUAUCGACACCACGAGAGCCAGCUGGAUCCUGGAACAGAUGGUGAAGAUAAAGAGGCCGGUGCUGCUGGUCGGAGAGUCGGGCACUUCCAAGACUGCCACCAUCCAUAACUUCAUGAAGAACCUCAAUGCAGACAGAAUUAUUACUCUGAUCAUCAACCUAUCAUCCAGAACGACUUCCAUGGACCUGCAGAGGAACCUGGAGGCCAAUGUGGAGAAAAGAACCAAAGAGAUCUAUGGGCCUACUAUGGGGAAGAGACUGCUGGUCCUCAUAGAUGACAUGAAUAUGCCUAAGGUCGAUAGCUACGGCACGCAACAGCCUAUCGCACUGCUGAGGCUGUUAUUGGACCGAGGAGGCAUGUAUGACCGAGGGAAGGAUCUUAACCACAAAACCCUCAAGGACCUUGGUUUUAUUGCGUCCAUGGGGAAGGCAGGAGGGGGGAGGAACGAGGUGGACCCCCGCUUCGUCUCGCUCUUCAGUGUCUUCAACAUCCCCUUCCCUGCAGUGGAGUCUCUCCAGCUUAUCUACGCUUCCAUUAUCAAAGGCCACACCAGAGAAUUUGAAGACGCCAUACAGAAGGUUUGUGAUAAAGUCACCUUGUGCACACUGGAGUUGUACAGCAACAUCAUCAAAGAUCUGCCCCCCACCCCCUCCAAGUUCCACUACAUCUUCAACCUGAGGGACCUGUCCAGGGUCUACAAUGGGCUGACCCUGACCAAACCUGACAGGUUUUUGACUGUCAACCAAUUUGUGCGUGUCUGGAGAAAUGAAUGCCUGAGAAUCUUCCAUGACAGACUCAUUGAUGAAAAUGACAAAGCCUUGGUCCAAGGCCACAUAAAGAAUCUGAUUGAGGAGCAUUUUAAGUCCGACAUGGAGUCAAUCAUGAGGGACCCAAUUAUUUUUGGAGACUACAGGACAGCCCUCAGUGAGAAUGAACCCAGGGUCUAUGAGGACAUACAGGACUAUGAUGCGUCAAAAGCCCUGUUUCAG